AUGAAAUUCGCCCAGAAUAAUCCUGAGAAGUUCCUGUGGGACUCGGUGAAGAGCCCCUCUGGUGCAUCCAUGGCGGCCACCCAAGCUAAAGCCCUGCCGAGGCUGAUGGUGUGGCUCAUCCUCUUCGUCUCGGCCACCUAUGUGGUCUACACGCUGAAGCUGGUCUCCUCCUCCCACAGCUCCUGCGCCGAAGACAACAGCAGCCCUUUCACUCAUCACCAGAAAUCCGUCCACAUCACCGACCUGCCGCUGAACGACACCGUUUCGUCGUCCUCCGCGGACGUCCAAGCAGAGCCCCAGCCUCACAAUUCCCUAAUCCGGCACGAAUCCCCGGACAAAACGGGUCUGGAGCACAUCGUGUUCGGCAUAGCCGCCUCCGCGAAGCUGUGGAGCAAGCGCAAGGAGUACAUCAAGCUGUGGUGGCAGCCGGAGAAGAAAAUGCGGGGUACGGUCUGGCUCGACAGCCCCGUCAAGACCUACAGGAACGAGAGCUCGACACUGCCUGAGCUGAGAAUCUCGGCCGACACCAAGCGAUUCGCGUACAAGAACAAGCAGGGCCACCGUUCGGCCAUCCGCAUAUCGAGGAUCGUCUCCGAGACCCUGCGGCUGGGGGAUUUGGACAAUGUGCGGUGGUUCGUGAUGGGUGAUGAUGAUACCGUGUUUGUGACCGACAAUUUGGUUAGAAUCUUGAAUAAGUACGACCACACGCAGUAUUAUUACAUAGGGAGCUUGAGCGAGAGCCAUCUGCAGAACAUAUACUUUUCAUACGGGAUGGCGUAUGGCGGUGGGGGUUUUGCGAUAAGCUACCCGCUGGCUAAGGCGCUCGAGAGGAUGCAGGACAGGUGCAUACAGAGGUACCCUGGCCUCUACGGCUCGGAUGACCGUAUGCAGGCUUGUAUGGCCGAACUCGGUGUGCCACUCACCAAGGAACUAGGUUUUCACCAGUAUGAUGUUUACGGCAACUUAUUCGGUCUGCUCGCGGCUCACCCGGUUACCCCCUUGGUGUCCCUGCACCACCUGGAUGUGGUCGAGCCCAUUUUCCCGAAUGUGACCCGUGUGCAGGCCCUCAAGCGUCUCAAGAUCCCAAUGGGCCUCGACUCGGCUGGCCUAAUGCAGCAGUCCAUAUGCUACGACAAGAUCAACGAGUGGACCCUGUCCGUCUCGUGGGGUUUUGCGGUCCAGAUAUUCCGGGGGGUUUUGUCCCCCCGGGAGAUCGAGAUGCCAUCUAGGACAUUCUUGAACUGGUACAGGCGGGCAGAUUACACGGCUUAUGCUUUCAACACGAGGCCUGUUAUGAGAAACCCUUGCCAGAAGCCGUUUGUUUUCUACAUGUCGGGGGCGAAAAUGGAACCGGGCACUAACCGGACGGUGAGUGAGUACGUCCGUCAUCGGGUCCCACAUCCACUUUGUAAGUGGAAGACGGUCGACCCGAAUGUGGUCGAGCGGAUCAAGGUUUACAAGAAGCCCGACCCAGGACUGUGGGAUCGGUCACCGAGAAGAAAUUGUUGCCGGGUCGUAAGCUCGAACAAGAAAAAUAUGGUGAUAGAUGUGGGUGUAUGCAGGGAAGGUGAGAUUAGUGAAGUAUAG